AUGGUUCCUUCCUAUCAUUGUUGUUCUGCUUCACAGUACCUCACGUUUACACCGGAUAGCCUGAACCAUAUCAGUCGACGUACUGCGGCUAAUGUUCGAGAACGGUAUACACAGACUGGCGAGGACUUCAAUUUGGCUUUCAAAAUGAUUAAUAGCGAUACAAAACUGGUAAAGACAGUUCUUCAUAGUCAUGGAUUUACACAGCCAUAUCUUCUCAUGUAUUAUAGGCAACGUCUAAAUCAGUUUCCUCGUUCGACAGAGCUUACGCGUAAAGAUAAACUCUACGAUAACAUACGUCGAUCUUCGUCCAUGUUUGGCAACGUCUUCAAUUUCAUUCCCGAUUUCUUCGUAACUCCACGCGAUUCCUCACUUCUGAGUUCAGCAAUGGAACAUUCUAUGGGGAAGUGUUCCUUUAUCGUCAAACCUGUCAGCUCUUCUCGUGGCCAGGGAAUUUUCUUUGCCAAUAAGGUAGUAUUUCUUGAUUUUGAUUUUUCUUCAUCCUCUCUUCGAGAAAUUCCGGCAAGUGAUACGCUGUUGGUUUCGCGCUAUUUGGAGAAUCCUUUAUUGAUAAAUGGGCACAAGUUCGAUCUUCGUAUUUACGUAGCGGUCACUUCUUUCUACCCUCUUGUCGUCUAUGUUUACUCCGAAGGUCUUACUCGGUACCAGAAUUUAGUAGCAUCGGAAAAGUACUGCAGUAAUAUUGAUUCUCGAAAUGCAUUUGUACACCUUACAAAUUAUUCGAUUAACAAGAACAAUUCAAACUUCGUUCGAAAUGACAGCAUGGCCAGUGAAGAUUAUGGACAUAAGUGGACCUUAGGAGCUCUCUUACGCCACCUAGAAAAGGACGGAGUUGAUUCAAAGCUGUUGAUGCUUCGAAUAGAGGAUAUCGUCGUAAAAAGCCUACUUUCGGUACAGGCGCGAAUUACAUCUGCAUGCCGGACCACCACCCCAUACAUUGGCACAAAUUAUGAACUGUUCGGCUUCGAUAUUCUUGUCGAUGCACAACUCAAACCUUGGCUACUCGAGGUUAACUUGUCUCCAAGCCUUUCAUGUGAUGCCCCAUUGGAUUCGUUGGUGAAGACGAGGUUGAUCUGCGAUUUAUUCAACUUAGCAUGUGUACCUCUAGUAAAUCGGAAGCUUGCUGGCAUCGAUUCGCUUCACACAUUUAACGAAAACGAAAACGGUAUGUCUUUUCGAACACCCAUGCCUUUCUCUAUUUUUCUUGACAGCAGCUGCAUACUAUUAGUUUUUCACAACGCAUUUGCUACGUCCCCGAAUGGCGUGGAUGCGAUUAUGCGCGCAAUAUAUCGUCGUGCACGGAUGGAACUUUUGCGGAAGGGUGGCUUCGUACGAAUUUUUCCGCGUGAACAUUCCUUCCCACUAUACAGGUCAUACUUUUCCCUCAUGUUCCACUUUUUCUGUGUUGAAUGGAAAUUACGGUUUCUUUCUACACUAGUCCGAGCACUUCGUUCUCUCUCAUGUUUUAUUGGCGAAAAUUGUUGUUUUCAGUAUCCUUCUAUCGAAUCGGUUCCUCCAAAGUUAGUUGAAAUUAUUUGUGCCUGGCACAGCAGUGCAAAUGCUUACACACAGAAGAUUACUAGAGUUGGAGAAACGUACGCAGCUAGGCUACCAAUUGUCCGACCUUCGGCACGGCUUCGCACAAAGAGUUGUUCAGAGUGGUAUGAAGUGAAAAAAGCAACACUCGCUGAAGCCAAGUUGAAACUUCGACUUCAGCAAGAAGCAUCAGAAUUCGAGGGCCCAGGGCGGUAA